UGAAAAAAGAUAAAAGAAAUAAUUAUAGCCAAAAAAAAUUUGAUAACAGUAAUUUUUUAAAAUGAAAUAAAAAUAAUACUUGCAAUGAAAAAUAUUAGUCAAGUCUAAAUAAAGCUGGAACACUCGUUGCGAAAAGAAAAAAGAAAGAAAGAAAAAAAAAGGCUAAUGUGGCAAAAAUAGUGGGUUGUAAAUCAGUGUAUACGAAUAAGAGUGUUUAAAGAAAAAAUAAACAUUUAAGAUUAGAAAAAAAGAAAGAAUAAAAAUAAAUAUAAAAAAAUAACUAAAAAAAUCAUGGUUGAACUCGAAGCAGUAGAUUGCAGUGUAUCAUCAACCAGCACAGUGCAAGCGAAUCAAAAAUUUUCACUUUUAAAAUGGUUUAAACGUACAUCAACAAAAUCAAUAUCAUACAAUGAUAAUGAUAGAUUAACAACAGAUACAAAUUAUUUUUCAAGUUGUGAUAGUGUUGAUACAUUUUACAGUACAACAACAGUACGUAGUUUUGAUUUUCAUACUGGACAAAUAAAUGGAAAUAAUAGUAAUAAUAUCAUUAAUUUAGAUGAAAAAAAUAAUAGAAAAAUUGGUCCAUUUGGUACUGGUGCUGUUAAAAUUAUUGAUAAUGAUAAAUUAUUUUUAACAAAAACAUUACCAGCAAAUGUAUUAUCAAAAGAACGUGAUAUUACUGCUCGUUAUUCAUUACAAAAUUGUACAACAUCAUUUAGUUCAUGUGGUAAUGUUAGAUAUCAUUAUGAAAAUAAUAAAUUAAUAAAUAAUCGUGAUAAUAAUAUUAAACGUGUUCAUGUUAGAGGAAAAAGAAAAGCACCAAGUCCACCAAUUAUUAAUAAUCAAAAAAAUUACAUUUCUAAAGAUAAUAAAAUAAAAGAUAUAUCUAGUUGGAAAAAAAAAAGAAGACAAGCACCAAAACCACCAGAUACAUGCAAAAUUAAUAAACAAAUAUUAUUAUUACAAAGCAAUGAUGAUGAAAAUAAAUUAAUAGUAAAUAAAUUGGAUUUUAAAAAUGAUAAAUAUUAUGAUAAUUUAAAGCCUAAUAUUGUUGAUGAAAAUAUUGAUGAAAAAAAAAAUAAAUUAACAACUAAUUUACAGCUAGAUGAUGAUAAUGAUGAUGAUGAUAUUGAUGGAAAAAAAAAUAUAAAAAUUGAUAAGGAAUUAUUGGAUGAUGGUGAUGAUGGUGAUGAUGAAAAUAUAAAAAAAAUUUCAGAUCAACAACAAGUAAUAUGUAAUGAUACACUUGUAUUACAAGGUGGUUUAUUGUUAUCAAAAAAAAAUACAAGGCUAACACCACCAACAACAUCAACAACAUUGUCAUUGAAUAAAAAAUUUAAUCAAUCAUCAACAGCAAUGCCGAGACCGUGGUACAAAAGAUCUGUGUUUGAACAGAAAGAUGAUGUUACAGCGGCAACGACAUCCAAGUCAUCAACAAAUGAAGGAUCAUUACGUAAUUUUUUUUAUCGUUCAUUUGAUAAAAAUACAACUGAUGAUAAAAAAAAAGAUAUUAAAAGAAAAUCUGGUUUAUCAAUAUUAAUGAAUAUCAGUGAAUUGGACAAAGAAGCUGCGGCAAUUGUGCAAGAAGAACAAGCAAGAUCACGAGCUGAAAUGUUACUUAAAUCAUCAAACAAUGAUAACACUGAGAUUAAUAAAAAUGAUCAUAAAAAUGUUGUACAAGAUAUUGUUAUAUCAAAUAUUGAAAAUUCACCGAGAAAAGGUACACGUGCAUUGAUAUCAAAAUUUAAUGCUAUUGGUAAUAAAACAAAAGUUAAUGUCAAUACAAAUUUUUUAAAACGUAAUGAAAUUAUAGAAGAUAAUAAAGUUGAUGAUAAAAAUAAAAAAUAUGAAUCAAUAUUUGAAAUAAAAAAAACAAAUAAAGAUUUAACAAAAUAUUUUACUGGGAAACAACAAAUUGAUAAUGAUAAAAUUUCACUUGAUUAUGAUGAUAAAAAAAAAACUCCAAGUCCAAAUUUAAAUGAUAAAUUAAAAAUAGCACGUAAUAAAUUUUUUAAUGAUUUAAAAUUAAAAAAUACACAAGUAUCAAUAACACCAAUGAGCAAUGAUGAUUUAAUAAUUCAACAAGAUCAUUCAGAAGCUAGUUGUAGUGAUCAAAAUAUAUCAAGUAUAAAUUUAAAAAAAAAAUCAUCAACAACAGACAAUGACACAACAAAAAUGACAAUUGAAAAUGUUGCUAGUUGUAGUGGAAGUGCAACAAUACAGCGUCAAUUUACAAAUAUAUUUGAAUCAAUUGAUAAACCAUUUAUGACAAAAAAAAGCUCAUUGAUUGAUAAAAAAUUAAAAAGUUCAACGACAAAUCAAGUUGUUGAUAUUUUGGUUCAUGCUGAACAAGAACAAAGUCAAAAUGAAAAAAUAAAAACAAAAAUUAUUCAUAGCAAUAAUAAUAGUAACAAUGAUCGUGUUAAUGAUUUAAAAGAAAUGUUGAAAGAAAUGAAACAUUCAUUGCCAAAAAGACAAAAACAAAUGAAAAUUAAUGGCAAACCAAAUGAGCCAAUUGUUGUUGAUGUUAAAAUAAAUAAUAAAUGUGAUUAUAAAUUUCCAGAACGACAAAAAGUAUCAUCUGGUGUACAAACAAGUGGUAACAUACGUAAAAUUGAUAAGCCAAGCAAUCAUUGUCAUACAAAUGAUUUUUCAAAUCCAGUUAAAUCUGUCUCGUCAACUGGAACAAUUGGUAAAAAAUUUCAUUUAAUGAGACCACGUGAAUUUGCUGCAAUUGAAGCAAUCCUAACAAAUAAUACUAAUAAUAAUAAAAAUAAUAAAGACGAUAAUACAUAUGCAAAUGUUAUUGAAAAAUCAAUUUAUGCAAAUGCUGUUGUUUUACCAGCAAGAAAUCAUCGUGUUAUUCCAGUGCCUGGUAAUAUUGUCAAUUCAACAGGUAAAGAAAAAUAUCCAGAACCACCAGAAGUUAUAAGAAGUUCAAAGUUGAAUAAAAAAUUAAUUAAAAAAGAUGCUGUUGAUGAUGAUGAUGAUGAUGACGUUGAUGAGAAAGCAGAAACAAUGGAACAGAAAAUGAACACACUGGCUGUAAAUCGACUUUUAAAACGCCUUGAGGCUGCAAUUGCUUCUGGUAAUCAUCAACUGGCAUCUGGCUUAGCCAAGGAUUUGGCUAAACUCAAAAUUCAAUGCUCAGUUGUUAGACAAAAAAAAAUAAAAGAACAUGAAAUUUUUAAUGUUGACAUGUAUAUUGAAGAUAGAUUAGCACAUCAAGGACCAAUUCCACUUCAGUUGGAAUCCACAAUGACAAUAUCACAACUAAAAGAAAAAAUAUUUAAUGAAUUUGAAAUACCAGUAAACGUCCAACGUUGGAUAAUUGGUAGAAAACUUGCAGACAAUAAUGAAACAACCCUAGAAGAUCUUCAGCUUGUCGAAGGACUACCAAUAUUUCUCUACCUCAUUGCACCAGUAUUUCAGAUCGGGGAAAGAGCAAGAGUUAAUAAUAAAAUAAAAUCCGAAAUAAUGAGAAUUGAUGAUGAUAAAAAAUUGGAAUAUAAAGUUGAUAAUAAUAAAAAAAAAAAUAUUAAAUUGGUUAAUAAUAAAUCAUCAUCAAGUGAUGAGGAUAAUGUUAAUAAUGUUAAUAAAAUAAAACAUGUUAAUAUUGAUAAACAAAUAAUUCAAGAUAAAAUAAUAACAAAGGAUGAUAUUAAUGAUAAAUUUGGUUUGAAUAAUAAAAGUGAUAAUGAAGAGAAGGAAAAAAAAGAACAAGAAGAGAAAGAAGAGGAAGAGGAAGGUGCUGUUGGUUUAGUUGAUAAUAUACGAAUGGAACAAUACAAUGAAUUAAUAAUGUUGGAAAAUUGUGUACUUGUACCAAAUACUAAAUCCAUUGAAUGUCCAAUUUGUUUUAUGAUUUAUGAAGCCGGUGAGGGUGUUGUACUUCGUGAUUGUCUACAUACAUUCUGCAGAGGAUGCAUUGAAAGCACUAUUCGCUAUUGUGGUGAAGCUGAAGUCAAGUGUCCAUAUAUGGACUCGGAUUAUACAUGCGAGGCAACUCUUCAAGAACGUGAAAUUAAAGCGAUUGUUGAUUCACAAGUCUACGAAAAACACCUGGCAAAAUCAGUAUCACAAGCUGAAAAUAAUGCUGGUCACCAUGCAUUUCAUUGUAAAACACCAGAUUGUCCUGGCUGGUGUAUUUAUGAUGACAAUGUUAAUAGCUUCAAUUGUCCAGUAUGUUCAAAAAUAAAUUGUCUAACUUGUCGUGUUGUUCACGAGGGUAAAAAUUGUUGGGAAUAUCAAGAAGAUGUUAGUCUAUCAAAAGACACUGAUAAAGAAUCAAAAAAAACAGCAGCAAUGUUAACAGAUAUGCUUGAACGAGGUGAAGCAAUGUCAUGUCCAACUUGUGAUGUUGUAUUGAUGAAGAAAUGGGGAUGUGAUUGGCUUCGUUGUUCAAUGUGCAAAACCGAAAUUUGUUGGGUCACCAAAGGACCACGUUGGGGACCUCUUGGAAAAGGAGAUACAUCAGGUGGCUGCAGAUGCGGUGAAAAUAAAAUCAAGUGUCAUCCUCAAUGCAAUUAUUGCCACUAAUAAUUAUUUAUUUUUAUUAUUA